AUGACUAAGUUCGAUCAGGCCAAAGCAUACGCACCGCAGGAAGAGGGGACGGGGUUCUUCGACGACGGGCGCGAGAUCGAGCUCCUCCAUUUUGUGUACUCGCACCCCGACCUGGAAAACAUCCGCGGCUCCCCGGAGAAGGUGCUCCAGGCGAUCGACGAGUAUGGGCGCACGAAGAAGUAUCUCAUGAAUGUGGGCGAGGAUAAGGGGCGGAUUGUUUGCGAUCUCAUCGCAGAGGUCAAGCCUGAAGUCAUGGUGGAACUCGGCGGCUAUGUUGGCUACUCCUGUGUGCUCUUCGGCGACGCAGUGCGCAAAGCCGGGGGCCAACGGUACUACAGUCUCGAGAUGAAUCCGGAGUUUGCGGCGGUGAUCAUGUCGCUAGUUGAUCUGGCAGGUCUCUCGGAUGUGGUCAAAGUGGUCGUCGGCUCGAGCGACGCUUCCAUUGCGCGCCUGCACGCCCAGGGCCUGCUCAAGCACAUCGAUCUGAUGUUCCUGGAUCAUUACAAGCCGGCGUACACGACGGAUUUAAAGCUGUGCGAGGAGCUGCAGCUAAUCACUCCGGGCUCUGUCCUGGCUGCGGACAAUGUCAUCAAGCCUGGUAAUCCACCGUAUCUGGAGUACGUCCGGGGCAGUGUGGAGGAGAAGAGGCGGAAAUUGGGAGCGGUGGUGAAGAGCCAGAGCCUCCCAGGAAAGACCGUGAAUCAAUAUCAGAAGAGAUAUGGGGAGAUGAAAUUCAACCAAAGCCCUGGCAAUCCAAAUCUGGUAUACGAGAGCCAGUUGGUGCACAGUUUUGAGCCCACGGGUGUGCCGGCGAGGAGAAGGAAUAGUUCACGUACUGCAGUAGGAAUGAAAGCGAUGUUCACUUCCGGCCACCUUCCCACUAUGGCUAUUUUCCACCGCCACGAGCCGAAGAACAUCCUCCUCAUCCUCCUUAGUGUUCUCUGCCUCCCGAUUUCUGCGACUAUCACUCUUGCGUCUUUUCUCUACAUCUGCGUCUCUAAAGAUGAAGCAACACGGCCACAAUUGCACGCGACCUCGCGUCGUAAAACCAUACUCGUGACGGGGAUUUCUAUGACUAAGGGGCUUAUAAUCGCCCGGCUUCUCGUAAAGCACACCCCUCACCGCAUCAUCGCCGCCGACACAGAACCCAUCCCGUUCACAUCGCCAGGCCGCUAUUCUCGCGCGAUAGCUCAGUUCUACCGUCUCAGCUCCCCACAAGGCGCGAACACGAAGCCAUACAUUGACUCGCUGCUGGAUCUCAUAAGAAGAGAGGACGUGCACCUAUGGAUCAGCUGCAGCAGCGUCGUCGACGCGAUCGAGGAUGGCGAAGUGAUGCGAUCGGCGCAGAAGGAAAGGCGGAAACGAUUCCACGCGGUGCAGUUCGACAGUGAUGUGGUGAACAAGCUGCACGAGAAGGACGCCUUCAUCGAGUACAUCCAGAACAUCGGACUGCUAGUCCCAGAGUCUCAUCGCUGUACAUCUGCCGCGCAAGUCGAGGAUAUUCUCACCAAGUCCGCCUCACGGAACGGCACCGAGAAACCCAAAGGAGGGAGCAAGAGAUUCAUCUUGAAACCGAUCGGGGUCGACGACAAGGCUCGAGCCCAGAUGAUGACGCUGCUCCCUUUGUCCGCGGGACCCAAGGCUACCGCCUCCUACCUGUCGACGCUGAACAUCUCCUCGUCCAACCCCUACAUCCUCCAGCAAUACAUCACCGGCCCGGAGUACUGCACGCACUCCCUCGUCGUCCGCGGGGAGGUCAAGGCCUUCGUCUCCUGCCCCUCCUCCGACCUACUGAUGCACUACGCCCCACUCCCCGCGGACGCGCCCCUGAACACGAAGAUGCUCGACUUCACCAAGCGCGUCGCCGAGGAUGGCGGUGAGGAGUUCACGGGACAUCUGAGCUUCGACUUUCUGGUCGAGGGCGAAGGGCAGGAUGCAAGACUCUACCCGAUCGAAUGUAACCCGCGCGCGCACACGGCGGUGGUUCUCUUCCAGGACACACCCGUGAUGGCGGAGGCAUACCUGUCUUGCUUCGAGUCGGAGCUUACCAUGCGUAAACCGCUGGUGGUGCCUGCGCAGCCCGCGCACAGCUACUACUGGAUCGGGCAUGAUCUUGUGACUCUGCUGCUCAUCCCAGCCCUCACACUUCUGUUUGGAGAGGGGAGUGUGGAAGAGGUGAAGAGUGGGCUCGAGACGCUGUGGGAGCAUCUCGUGCAUUGGCGGGACGGGACCUACGUGGCGUGGGAUCCGGUGCCGUUCUUCGUGCUGUAUCAUGUGUAUUGGCCGAGUCGGUUCUUGGAGUCUUUGGUGAGGGGGAAAGAGUGGAGUCGAAUUAAUGUUAGCACCACCAAGAUGUUUGCUUGUUAG